UUUCUACAAAUCUUUGGUUCUCUAUCAUUGUUCAAAAAUCUUUGAAGAUCCAGAACCAAACAUUGGAAGUAAUUUGUAAAGAUGGGUACCUGCAUUCACCUCCAUUUUGCAUUACUUUCAUUCUUGGUCUUCCUCAGUCUAGGUUCAAGUAUUGCACAGAGACCGUUCUUUGAAGCAAACCAAGAAGACUCUGUUCUGCAAAAUCAAGAAGAACAAAUACCCUACUUUUCAACUUCAACAUCUAGCAAUCAACUGGACACAAUCCCCAUUGUGAAUCCAACCACCCCAGGUGGCACAACUCCGACCCAGACCCCGAUUGUUAAUCCACCGUCACCGCCAGCACAAACAAUCCCUACCGGACCGAUCAUAACCCCAACCACCCCAACAACCACAGGCGGCGGAAGUUGGUGCAUUGCAAGCCCAAAUGCUUCUCCAACCGCUUUGCAGGUAGCUCUUGACUAUGCUUGUGGCUAUGGAGGUGCGGAUUGCUCGGCGAUCCAAUCAGGAGGUAGUUGCUUUGAGCCCAACACCAUGCGAGACCAUGCUUCUUAUGCCUUCAACGACUACUACCAGAAGAAUCCGGCACCCACAAGCUGCGUGUUUGGAGGAACGGCGCAGCUCACCAGCACAGACCCCAGCAAUGGAAAUUGUCACUACGCAGCAUCAAGAUCAACACCAAGCACAACAACACCAAUCAAUCCACCAACGAAUCCAACUCCGAUGCCGCCAGCAACCCCAACCAUCACAACACCAACACCAACCGACACAAUGCCUACCGAUGCGCCGCCGACCGAUACAGCACCGACGGACGCCAGCGGUUACGGAUCAGAACCAUCGGACACAGCAAGCUCCGCGAUCCCGGUCACGAGCUACUUCUCUUUCGUCUUCUUGGGGUCACUUCUAAUGGCAAAUUGCAUGUAAGAGGAAGCAGAAAUCGACUCGGAUCUGGUCUAUUACAAUCUGCAGACCGAGAAGGCGAUUAGAUUUUUUUUUUUUUUUUUUUUAAUUAUUUUUUUUCUUUUAUUUUCUGCCAUGUAACGUUUAUACAAAGGAUACUCGGGGGGAGGAAUUAGAGUUUAAUUAUACUAAGAAAAGAGGGGAAAAUGGCAGAAAAUUAUGCUAGGGUUUCUGCUAUAAUAGUGAUAGAAUAAAUUCAUAGCUAAUAUCUACGUUUAGGAUUAUAUUCCCUCGGGAGCUAUGUGUUCUCCAAUUUAGUUCAUGUUCAACUCUAUAUUCAAAAAAAUAAAGUAGAAAAAAGUUCACAAUU